AUGCAAGCGAUACACCAAAUAGGAGCAAACAACUCCGGGUUUGACAAAUUUCUCACGCUCAGGUUUUAUAAAACAUUCGUUCGACCAGUAUUUGAAUAUGGAUUAUCUAUUAUCAAUACAACCAAAAAAACAUUUAAGCUAUUAGAAAAAGCCCAGGACAACGCAAUAAGGAAAAUAUUCCAUGGACAUGCAACGUCAUCAACACAGGCAAUAAAACAUAUGAACAAAAUAGCAACAAUGGAAGAGCGGAAAAUGGUGUUACAAGCAAAAAACAUAUACCGCACAUUCCAGCUACCUAACACCACACUCAUUUACACAAUGCUGAGACAAGUCAUUACAACCCGCGACACUCAUUUCAAAAAAUUA